AUGAGAAUCGUAAUUCAGGAAUCCGAUUCUGACGAACCAAGGAAUCGCGCCAACUCUGUCAGAAACGGAUUUCCUCACUACAAAUCCGAUCUACCUCAAGAACUGCACUUCGCAUACAAUUUUCAACAUGAAUUAAGUGAACAAAACGAUGUCAUCUUUAAAGAUAACCGCAUUUUUGUACCUCAAACACUUCGAGAACAAUACCUUUCAGUUGUUCACAAUGCGCAUCAAGGUAUACAAUCAUGCGUAAGAAAAGCUAGGAAAAGCUUUUAUUGGCCUGGCAUGGCGAACGACAUAAAGAAAUAUGUUUCUGCCUGUGAAACAUGUUGUUCAACGAUCUCAGCUCAACCUAAAACGAAGAUGAUCCAUCGUCAGCUACCUGAAUUGCCAUUCUCGGAAGUAGCAGUAGACUUCAUGCACGUUGGUAAAGACCUGUACCUUGUAUUGGUUGAUAUAUUUUCAAAAUACAUCGAACUACGUAAAUUGCCGAGUAACAGCACAGCUGAUCAAGUAAUUCGAGUUUUAAAAACCAUAUUCUAUACCCAUGGACUUCCUCAAAAAUUAUACAGUGAUAAUGGGCCUCCAUUCACCUCAACUACGUUUUUAAAAUUCCUUGAGUCGAUUUCCUGCACACCAGUAACAUCCAGCCCACUUUAUUCACAAUCUAACGGACAAGUUGAAAGGGCCAUUCAAACUGCAAAAUCACUGAUUACUAAGGCACGUAAAGAUAAUCGUGAUGAAGGUCUAGCUAUACUAGAAUACAACACCACCGAUAAAGAAUCUACCUCAGCGCCGUCAACUAUGUUAAUGGGUAGAUAUCUUCGUACAAACAUACCUAUCCAUAACGAUUUACUUCGACCAAAUUAUUCUACAUCGGCUCACUCAGAUAAACUGAAUGAACAGCAACAACGCUCAUCCCAGCAAUACUCGAAAUCCACAAAGGCUGCACCUUCAUUCGUUUUAAAGCAACCAGUAUGGAUUAAAAUCGCUCACCGACAUUGGGAAAAGGCUAUUGUGACUGUAAUUCACCCCCAUGAUUCCUACACGGUUUGUACAAACGAUAAUCGAACUUUCCGACGAAAUGUUAAGUGGCUGAGACCUCGCAUCAGCUCAAAUUCGAAUACGUUUUGCCCAGAACUCGACAUUGAUAUCGAAGAUUCCGUCGAUACAGUCGCCGCUGAACAAAACUCUGCCGCUAAAGCAUCACCUCACUCGUCACCGUCACCUAUACUCAAUCCUCCUGUUGACAAAUCUAAAAUUGUUACUCGUUCUGGUCGAUCAGUAAAGAAACCGGAGAAAUUGAACCUUUAA